CAAUCUCCUUCUCCCUCCCUCUCUCUCUCGUAGCUUGUUUGCUCAUCGAAACCUAGCUUAAGAGUUAGAAGACCUCUAGGCUUCUUUCCCAGCUUGUUCAAUCGUUUCUUCUUCUUCUUCUCUUCUCUGAUAUAUAUAUUGAUAUCGAUAUCAAAAUAUAUCUUCAACCUAGACUGAUCUUAUUUAUUAUUUUGCGCGGUCCAUUAUUCUAAUCUUAGAUUAGCAUGAAGAACCCACAAUCAAGCUUGCCCCCAGGGUUUAGGUUCCACCCGACAGAUGAGGAGCUCAUCCUCCAUUACCUUAAGAAGAAGUUGGCAUCCACACCGUUUCCUGUGUCUAUCAUAGCAGAUGUUGACAUCUAUAAGUUUGAUCCGUGGGACUUGCCAGCUAAAGCUUCCUUGGGGGAGAAAGAGUGGUACUUUUUCAGUCCUAGAGAUCGCAAGUACCCCAAUGGAGCAAGGCCUAACAGAGCAGCUGCAUCUGGAUAUUGGAAGGCAACUGGGACAGACAAAAUCAUAAUGGCAUCAACAAUGGCACCAGGAGGUGUGGUUGGAGGGCAAGAGAACAUUGGAGUUAAAAAGGCUCUUGUUUUCUACAAGGGAAAGCCUCCAAAGGGUGUCAAGACUAAUUGGAUCAUGCAUGAGUAUCGCCUAGCAGAUAACCCCGCCUGCAACAACAACAACAAAUCCAUGAAGCCAAAAGAUUCAUCCAUGAGGUUAGAUGAUUGGGUUCUUUGCCGGAUUUACAAGAAAUCCCAUGCCUUGACUUCAUCUCCAAGGGAAUUAAUAUCCAGUGAACAUAACCAAGAAGAAGAAGAAGAACAACAACAACAACAAUUUGUCCAAGAAACCCUUUUACCCAUAAGCAACAAGAAUAAUCUCAUGUCCCAGAAAUCUUGUUCUUUCUCCAACUUGUUCGAUGCCAUGGACUCUUCCAUGUGGAGUAGUUUCCUGGCAGAUACCCCAUUCAAUCCAACAGGGUUUGAGUCAAAUCCUACAUUGAAUAGUACUGCAACACAGUUGGACCAACCUUUCUUCAGUAACAGCACAAGCAGCGGUUCCUUUCUUCAGAAGUUACCUCAGUUGAACACUUCAAUGCCAAACAUGCAGGAGAAUAAACUCAAGCGCCAGCUUCCACACAUUGAAGAGGACUUGCUGCACCCAUCAAAAAAGUUCAUAAACUCUUGCAGUUUCACUAACACCAACAAUAAUACUCAGACUGAUAUGGGUCAAUACAAUUUCGUAAGCCAGCCAUUCUUGGACCAGCAAUUGCUUUUGAGCCCACAUCUUCAAUUUCUAGGUUAAAAUGAAGGGUCCUCGAGAGAAAAAGGGAAUUUAAAAUUAAAAAAAACAACAACAUUUAUGUGAGAAAACAAGUAGCAUUAAGGAUUAUUACCAUUAGAUGCGUGUGGGGGUCUGAUUUUUUUGUCUUACAAAGUGACAAACAACUACUUGAUAUGGUAUAAAAAGAAGAAGAAGAUGCCUAUGUUGAUAGUCAUGGAUGAGUUUGACAAAGAAAAAGACAGAAAGGGGGAGUUGUCAUUUUGGAAUCAUACAUGAUUUUUGUAGAGAAGAUUGUACAAUGAUUGCAUUCGCAGAUCAAAUGGAUUGGUUUCUGCUUUGAAAUAUAUGUGAUUGCUACUUUUUAUUUUUA